AGCGAUAGAGCCUAUUACCAUUACCUCAAUGGCCUCAAACGCAAGCCAAGAAGGCGAGGAGAGAAAGGCAUUUAUUAUCGAACUGAUGCAAGAGCAGUUCGGCCGACAUGUCCUGCAAAGCUCCCGUCUCGGCCGCGAUUCCAACAAUUUUGUCUACCGACUAAAGCUCUCGGUAUCCGACAGCUUGCCCGUAUCACCCUCCGCUAAUUGCCGGCGCCCAGGGACAGUGACCCUUCCGACCGACACAGCGGACGCCGUCAUUCGCAUCUCCAAUCCCCAAGCGCUUGUCAAUGAAAACGUUCGCGUCCAGAACGAGGUGGCUGCGAUGAGUCUGAUGCGAGAUGCCUUGGCUGAGACAUGCGAUUCUUGUAUCGCGCGUCGAGCAUUGAUUCAUGGUGAUUUCAGUAAGUUGCAAGACCGACUUCCGCAAUACUCGAAUACACAUGCUGAACAGGUGCUCUAGACACAUUCAAUAUGCUGUUUGAUCCAAGUUCGAAUCGUGUUACUGCACUUCUCGACUUCGACUUUUCUCACGUCGCCAGUCCAGCUAAUGAAUAUUUCUAUUCAUUUAGGACCUUUGGUGCAUUGCUUGUUGGCCCUUUCGAAGAAGGCGACG